AUUUUAGGAAACCAUGAAAGCCAUCGUUGCGGCCUUGUUUUUGGCGUGUGUUCUGGCCGUUGUGUGUGCCUUUCCCGGUAAAGGACCUCUACCUUUCCCGAGGCCGACCAAAUGCGGGCCCGGUGAGACGUUCAAGACCUGCGUGAGCAGCACUUGUUCUGAGACCACGUGCCAGAAGCCAGUCCUGGGCCCUGCUUGCACGGCCGACUGCAGGAGCGGUUGCUUCUGCGCCGACGGAUACUUCAGGAACAGUCGCAAGCAGUGCGUGCGAAGAAACCAAUGUCACUGAAGGAAG